UAGUAAUAUUACUAAUAAUAAUAGUAAUAAUAAUAAUAAUAAUAAUAAUAAUAAUACAUGACAUUCGUGUACACGUUCCGGAAUGUUGUGGAAUGCGGAUCGGGAGAUUACGUCGUCGUCGUCGUCAUCGACGGCACGCCAACCACAACGGCCGGUGAUAGUGGUAGUGGUAGUGUCUACUGACGGCCGCGGUCGGUGGUGGUGGUAGAGCAGCAGCAGCACUGAGCACGUCGCACACGUCCUCAACGGGGCGGCUCAGUAGUCAGUAGUGCACUAGUGUCUAGUGCCGUACCGUUUGCCGUGCGUAUUCUCCAACGCUCUGUUCCCCCGGACGGUGUGCGCUAACAACAAUAAUUCCAACUCACGAUUGUUGUUAUACCGACGGCACGCGUGUCCGUCUCCCUCCCACCGUCGUAAGAUUGUUGUCGUAAAGGCGUCGUCGCCCACGCAAACGGUUUUUAUUGCAAUUCGCGUGUGUUUACACCACCGCCGUUGUCACUGUUGUUCGUAUGACACGAUGACGUUAUAACGACCGUCGUAUUCCCGUAUUACGACCCGGUGGUGUCCGAACUAUUUGGUACGUUGUUACUGUUCGUUUCGUUGCCGAUGGAUUCCCGUUGAUCGUCCGUCAGUCGGCCACCGAACGACCGAUCUCCGUUGAUUACAGGUCGCUACGGGCCAAGCGACCCGGCGUGCCGUGUUAACCGUGUCUUUGUUAUCAUGUCACCCGCAGACUGACCGGUGUCAUGUUCCGUUGUAUACCGAUAUUCAAGGGCUGCAACAGGCAGGUGGAGUGCGUGGAUAAGCGCCACAGCUCGUUGAACUCGGUACCCGAAGAGAUACUCAGGUAUGCCAGGAGCCUGGAGGAGCUGCUGCUUGACGCCAACCACCUUCGCGAACUGCCAAAAAACUUCUUCAGACUUCAAAGGUUACGGAAGCUUGGACUAAGUGACAAUGAAAUACACCGUUUACCACCAGAAAUACAACAUUUUGAAAAUUUGGUGGAAUUAGAUGUUUCAAGAAAUGACAUACCUGAUAUACCAGAUGAAAUUAGAAGUCUGAGAUUGCUGCAAGUUGCAGACUUCAGUAGUAACCCUAUUCCUAAAUUACCAUCUGGAUUCUCACAACUACAUAAUCUCACUACAUUAGGACUUAAUGAUAUGUCAUUAAGUAAUCUACCUGCAGAUUUUGGGCUGUUAACAAAUUUAAAAUCAUUAGAGCUGCGAGAGAAUCUUUUGACAUCCUUGCCAUUAUCACUAUCACAAUUAACACGUUUAGAACGAUUAGAUUUGGGGGAUAAUGAAAUAGACCAUCUGCCACAUCACAUUGGUAAUCUUCCAGUUCUCCAAGAACUUUGGCUGGAUCAUAAUCAUUUACAGCAUUUGCCUGCAGAAAUAGGAAAUCUUAAACAAUUAGCUUGUCUUGAUGUUUCCGAAAAUCGUUUGGAAGACAUCCCAGAAGAAAUUGGUGGUCUAGAAAACUUAACUGAUCUGCAUUUAUCUCAAAAUGUAAUAGAGACCCUUCCAAAUGGUAUUGGUGAACUCACUCGUCUGAUGAUAUUAAAAGUUGACCUAAAUAGAUUAACUAUGUUAAAUGAUCGCAUCGGAUGUUGUGAAAAUCUUCAAGAACUUAUACUUACUGAAAACUUUUUGGUUGAGUUACCAUCAACAAUUGGGAGACUUGUAAAUCUGACAAAUCUUAAUGUAGAUCGAAAUAGUCUGCAUUGUCUUCCAACUGAUAUUGGUAAUUUAUGUCAAUUGGGUAUUCUAUCUCUGAGAGAUAAUAAAUUACAAUAUCUUCCAAAUGAAGUUGGAAAUUGUGUUGAAUUGCAUGUACUAGAUGUUUCUGGAAACAAUUUACAAUAUUUGCCAUUUUCUUUGGCCAGCCUUAAUUUAAAGGCAGUUUGGCUAUCAAAAAACCAAGCUCAACCUAUGCUCAAUUUUCAAACAGAUGAAGAUGAAAAAACUGGCGAACAAGUACUUACUUGUUUUCUGUUGCCUCAACUUGAAAUUAGGGGAGAAGCAAAUGGCUUGAUCACUGGUGACUAUGACCAAACGUUGUGCUCGCCACCAGAUGAAGAGCCGACCAGUGAAGCAGAUGAAAAUGAAUGGGAAAACAAGGCAAAUUCCAGAACAACAUCCGUUCAGUUCACUGGUGACAUCAAGACUGAACCCAAUACAAAUACAUCAUUUGUGCGACACAACACACCACAUCCCAGAGAGCUGAAAGCUAAAGCAACAAAGCUGUUUGGUAAGACCAGAAGUAAUGAAAGUAGUUUAACUGAAAGUCAAAAAGGAGAUGAUUCUACGGAAAAAAGCAAUGGAAAUGAAGUAAUAAAUGAAAAACAUUCAGAAGAAGUAGAAUCCAUUGUAGAAACAAAUAGUAUUUUAGAAGAAGACACCAAUUAUGAGGAAAAGAGUGUAGUUUUCCAUCCAUCUUCAAAUUUUGAUGCUGAUAUUCAAAAUAGACCUAUGAAAUUACAUCGAAGAGAUACGCCUCAUCAUUUGAAAAAUAAAAGAAUUACUAUAGAUGCUAAUUUAAUUGAACAACAGGAGGCACAAUUGGUUAGUCUUGAAAAUGAAAACACGUCAAACUCCUUAUCUGAAGAUAAAAGUUCGGUGUUGUUUCCCACUCCACCAGAGUCAUUAGUAGAUCAAACUGCUCUAGAUGGCGAAAUGGUAGGAAAAGAAGAAUUAUUUGAAGUUAGAAUUGAAAGGACAUCUGCUGGUCUGGGAUUAUCAAUUGCUGGUGGUAGAAAUUCAACACCUUUCAAGGGAAACGAUGAAGGUAUUUUUGUGUCCAGACUCACACCUGAUGGACCUGCUGAAUUAGCUGGGCUUAGAGUUGGAGACAAAGUUCUUACAGCCAAUGGUCAGUCAUUAGUUGAUGUUGAUCAUUAUACAUCAGUUGAAGUUUUACGUUCUUGUGGGUCAGUUUUAGUUCUUCAAGUGUUAAGAGAAACUAACCCACUACCAAAAGAAUGGGCUAUACACAUUCCAGGUGAAUCAGCUUCAUCCAGUCUGAGUAAUAGUCGAGCACCAAGUGUUAUUUCACAUCAGAACAAUUAUGAACAUACUAAUGGCUAUACUUUAGAUAGGAAUCGAAAAACUCCAGAGCCUUUAAAAGAAUUAGAUUCAACAAAAAAACAAAUUGUGUAUACGACUUUAAUAAGAGACCAGAAUGGUCUUGGCUUUAGCAUAGCUGGCGGAAAAGGUUCUAGUCAUUCUAAAGAAAAUAAUGAGCCAAUUGUUAUAUCAAGAAUUACAGAAGGUGGUGCUGCUGAAAAAGAUGGAAAGUUACAAGUUGGAGAUCAAGUUAUAUCGAUAAAUGGUAUUGACGUGGCUGGUGCUCGUCAUGAUCAAGCUGUAUCAAUGUUAACUGGAUUGGAACGGUUUGUGCGUCUUGUGUGUGAGCGAAUAGUUGAUGGUCGAUACUCAGAUUCUGAAUCACAUAAUUCUAUAUCACCAAGUAUUGCUUCCACUAAAUCUCGUUCAUACAUGUCUCCAAAGACCCCUCCUCCAGCACCUCCACAAACUCCACCAAAGCCUGCACCAAGGAAAUUAGUUUCUCAGUCAUCAUCUAUCAGUUCUGAUUCUGAAAGCGUACAACCUAAGCCGUUGACCAACCAAGAUUUUGAAGCUAUGAUUCCACAGCGUUUUCUAAAGAAUAGUGGAAAUCAAGUUGAAGAGCAGCCAGUUGCUGUAGUUACUACACUAACUAUCAAAAAGCCCAGCACUUUGAAUGGAAUAGAAUUCAGGGAGAGCCCAACUACUUUAGGUCGUGUCACUGAAACUAUAACCAAAAGUACAUUUACUGAAACUGUGGUGACUAGGGUGACAGAUAACGAUUUAGCUAAAUCUGUCAUUAUUGAGAAUGUCACUUUAGUAAAAGAAGGAGGUUCUUGGGGCUUCAGUAUAAUUGGAGGAACAGAUCAUCCAUGCAUACCAUUUGGAUUACAAGAACAUGGAAUUUUUAUUUCUCAUAUUGUUCGUAGUGGCAUAGCUGAAAGUUCAGGAAAGUUACGUAUGGGCGACCGUUUAUUAAAAGUAAAUGAAGAAGAUGUCACAAAAAUGACACAUCAAGAUGCAGUAUUAACUCUUUUAAAGCCAACUGAAGAAAUUACUCUUACAGUACAACACGACCCUCUUCCAGACAACUUCCAAGAAUUGACAAUUGUCCGGGAAGCAAAUGAAAAACUUGGCAUGCAUAUCAAGGGUGGUCUUCGAGGCCAUCGAGGUAAUCCACUUGAUAAAACUGAUGAAGGUGUUUUCAUCUCAAAAAUUAACUCUGGCGGUGCAGCUAAAAGAGAUGGACGAUUAAAAGUCGGCAUGCGUCUGUUAGAAGUUAAUGAUGUAUCUCUAUUGGGUGUUACACACCAAGAAGCUGUUAACUGUUUGCGGACCGCUGGUCAACAAAUUCACAUGAUUGUAUGUAAAGGUUAUGAUAAAGCAGAAGUUGAACGAUUGGUCAAUGAAGGUAAACUCAGACGAGAGAGUAGAUCGAUAUCUCAGAGUGUCUCUAGCUUAGAUAGAGAUGAUGAUGAUUCUGAAGUAAUUAAACAAGAAAUGGAAAUUAAAAAAGAAUUAGCUGAAUGGGAAAACCAAGAAAAAUUACUUAAAGAAGAGCUAGAAAGUAUGGAAUUAGACGAGGUUAAAGAAAAAUCUACUCAAGAAAAAGUUUUAGAUGUAGUACGAGCUGCUGAAAUGUUGACGCUCAACUCGACUGAUUCAAACUCUAUAAAACCUAAAUCUCCCGGUGGGCCAAAAUCAGGUGAUAUUCAAAAAACUACAACUAUAGUAAUGAGUAAACAUACCUUAGCCCCUCAAUCUGAUCAAGUAGUUAUUCAGAAACGGCUUAACAUAUCCCCUUCAAACCCAUCUCCUCCUAAACCAUCUCUUCCCAAAAAACCACCCCCAUCAAAAUCCUCUUUCCGGCCACCAAAACAUAUACAUUUCCAAGAUGUUCCUCGUGAUAACCCUCAUCCUCCUCUGCGAACAGUCGUUGUGGAACGACCAAAACCUAUUCAAGUAGAAAUGAUGCCUUAUGUUACCAAAGUGAAUACGUUGCCAGCCGACCAGUUUUAUGUUCCAGACUUCACAGAUGUUGAAAGUAGCUCAUCCUUGGACACUACACAAUCCCUAGAACCACCUCCCUUAAAUUAUUCCACACACCCGUCCAUUCCUCACUGGUUGGAAGUAUAUAAUGAUACCCCGUCACUUUUGACAUAUUACAAUGCAGUUAAUCCCUGUGAGCAAAAUACUGGUCUCAAAGCUUCAGUUAGUGAUAAGAAGAAGUUUUUUGAAAAAGCUAUGGAAGAACACCACAAUCCUAGUCCAAAACCUGAAAGAGUAUUUAGUUUCCUAAGCCAAGACGAAGUAGAAAAAAUGAAACAAGAAGAAGAGCAAAAAAUGGGUACAUUAAUGAAACAAAGGUUAAAUCAACAUGAACAAUUUAUUGAAGAAGGUGAUGAUGAUGAUGAAGAUGAUAAUGAUGGUGGUGCUUUAAUUUUUGAAAACACACUAAGUAUUGAGUUACCGAGAAAUGUCAAUACUAACAUGUGUGUACGAACAGCUAAAGCUGAGAAGCGAAUGAAAGAAAGGCUAAAUCAAGAGGGAAUUGUAUCCAAUGAAAACAACAAAGAGCUUUCUCCUUCCGAACAACGUUCACUUAAUGCUGAAAAAAAAGCUGCAUGGCGACAAGCCCGAUUAAAGUCUUUAGAACAAGACGCUUUACAAGCACAAAUAGUAAUAAAAGAAUUGAGUGAGAUAAGCGAAAAUAAAUCAACAAACGGCGGUGAUGCUGAUAGUGAUGAAAUGCCAGACACUCAAUCAAAAGAAUGUAUAGAAAACAAAGCACUGGAGUGCUUGCGGCCGACCAGCGAGGACUUUCCUCGCCUGCGCCUGCGCGAGUCCCCUGUCCAGACCAAGGUGUCGGAACGCGAGACAGUCGUCGGCGAAAGUGUUUCUCUACGGACCGAGCAGUAUGUUGACCACAUUUCCGGUCAGCUGAAAGUCAGGACUGUCGAAAUUAUUGAAAAAGUCAUUGAGAAAGAGGUGGAGACAACCAAAGAAAAAAUAGUAUCUCUCGAGUUGAGUACUCCUGAGUCUUAAGUACCAGAAGUACCAAUUGAAGAGGCUGCUGAAGAAGAAGAUAUAUCAUUAGAAAAGAAACAGUCCAAUCCGUCUGGGAAGAAGAGACGCCGAAAACGUACCAAGUCUACAGAUAAACAAACGUCGUAGUAAUAAUCAUCAAAAAAAAAAAA